GUUCAUUUUUUUUUUUUUUUUGAGAAUUCACUUGGUUGGUUUGGUUUGGUUUGGUUUUGUGUUCUUUUCUCUUUGCCUUUUUUGGAUUAUAAUAUAUGCAUGGCAUGUCAUGUUUGUCACUUUGGGUUGUUUACUUCUUUUCUGGGUUAGUUCACGGUUUUGUAUUGCUACCUGACGCGGUUUUUGUCAAGUUUUCCAGUGAUAAUUGAAGAUCUUACCGUUUGUCUUUGUUUGCUAACUGUUGUGUGAAGGUUUCAUUUCAUUUGCAGAUGAGAUCUUUAUAAAGCAGAAGUACAAGUUUUGGUUUUCUUUUUUUGGAGGAAAUGUGCUGGAAAAUUGAGUGGGAAUCUGUUGUUUUUUUGAUUUAGGAGUUGUUUCAAGAAUGAUCAGAAGUUAUGAUUUUCAAACUGAACCUCCUUUGGGUUUAACUUCUGAGUUUAGAUGUCAUGUUAAUAAGGAAUUCGGUGCUGAUAGGCAAUAUUGAUCUGUUACAUCAGUGGGGGACUGAGUGACGAUGCCAAACCAGCUAUGGUUUGCACUGCCAAUGAUUUACAAGGAUGGAAAGAUUUCCCAAAAGGACUUAGGGUUCUUCUGCUUGAAGGAGAUAGUAGUUCUGCUGCUGAGAUAAAAGAACAACUUGAGGCCAUGGACUAUAAUGUUUCUACUUUCUUCGAUGAGAAUGAAGCCUUGUCAGCAAUCUCGAGUAGUCCUGAAGGCUUCCAUGUUGCCAUAGUGGAGGUGAGUUCAAGCAGUAGCCUUGGGGGUUUCAAAUUUCUUGAAAAUGCAAAGGACUUGCCUACCAUUAUGACUUCAAAGGACCAGUGCCUGAAUACCAUGAUGAAGUGCAUUGCGCUUGGUGCAGUUGAGUUCCUCAGUAAACCACUUUCUGAGGACAAGCUCAAAAAUAUUUGGCAGCAUGUUGUUCACAAGGCAUUUAAUGCUGGGGCAAAUGUCCUGUCUGAAUCACUAAAACCUGUCAAAGAAUCUGUAGAAUCCAUGCUGCAGCACCAAGCAGACAGUGAACAAGAUAAAAGCAUGAAACUAAUUGAUUUAGAGAAUGUGUCCAGGUUUAGUGAUAAUGACCAUGAGCAGUCUGCUGUAUGCGAUAAAUAUCCGGCUCCUUCGACCCCACAAUUAAAACAUGGGACAAGGUUACUGGAUGAUGGAGAUUGCCAUGAGCAGACUAAUUGCUCAACAGAAAAAGAAAGUGGAGAGCAUGAUGGUGAAUGUAAAUCUGUCGAAACUUCAUGUGACAAUUUGAAUGCUGAAAGUUCUCCUCAACCAAGGGAACCUGAUAAGACUCUGAUUAAGGAGGAAGAGGAUUUUGCCAAUGGUUCCAAGAGUGAAAACACUGUUCCACUGAAUCCGCAUAAUAAAGAGCUUCUCAACAAUGCCGAUCACAAUACAUCUCCAAAUAAGACGGGUGUACUUAAUGAUUCGUGUGAGAUUAAAGCUAAUCGGAAGAAGAUGAAAGUAGACUGGACGCCUGAGCUGCAUAAAAAAUUUGUGAAGGCUGUUGAACAACUAGGUAUUGAUCAAGCCAUUCCUUCUAGAAUAUUGGAGAUCAUGAAAGUGGACGGCUUGACAAGGCACAAUGUGGCGAGCCAUCUCCAGAAAUAUAGAAUACACAAGCGACAAAGUGCACCUGGAGAUGAUGAUCGAAAAUGGCCUAAUCAAAGAGAUGCUAUGCAAAGGAGCUAUUAUAUGCAAAGACCAAUAAUGGCUUACCCUCCAUAUCAUACAAAUCACACCCUUUCUCCAGCUCCUAUAUAUCCUAUGUGGGGACAACCUGGCAGUCAAACAGCUGGUGUACAAAUUUGGGGCCCUCCUAGUUAUCCCUUGUGGCAUCCUACAGAAAGUUGGCACUGGAAGCCUUAUCCAGGGGUGCAUGUGGAUGCUUGGGGAUGCCCAAUGUUUCCACCUCCUCAAGCUCCUUGUUUUCCUUACAAUCAAAAUAUACCUGGAUUGCACAAUCCUAAAGCUGUGGAUUAUAGAUUUGGUAUGCCACGAAGUUCCUUUGAGCAUCAUCCGGCAGAGGAGGUGGUAGACAAGGUUGUGAAGGAAGCAAUGAGCAAGCCAUGGCUACCAUUGCCCUUAGGACUCAAACCUCCUUCCAUGGAUAGUGUGUUGGCUGAGCUCUCCAAACAAGGCAUAUCCAGCAUCCCUCUUGGAAACAAGGGUUAUUCCCCUUCUAAACCGCGCUGAUGUGUGCGACCGGCUCCACCGCCAAGUCCCACAUAAUAAUAGUUUUGAUGAUGAUGAUGGUGUUGGCCAGUCACAUAUCAACUACCUGUUGACUCUUGUAAUUAUUUUGUUUUUCAAAUUUCCCUCAGGUUACAACUACAGUUGUAGAUUUAGCUGGAAGUUGGGGCCAUUUACUUUGCCUCGUGUCCCCCACCGCUACACCAUCCACCACUCAUGAUGUCUCUCCUCAAGCUGCUGAGUCUUGAUGGUUGAUAAACUUGACAUGAUAUGAUAUCAGGUUGAGUCAGGUCAGGUCAUACACCACCAUGAUGCAACACAAAUGGACAAAGCAAUGAUCCUAUUGCCACUAGCCAAAACAAAAGGCUAAAAAUAACAUUAAAAAAUAAGUUAAAGCUACUCAGAUUCAGCAGUGAGCAGUUUCAAUGCAGUACAUGGCUCCUUUUGUGAAGAAUUAUGCAAAAUGUUGUGGCUGAAAAUAGAUAAUAAUGUGGACUUUUGAUGAUGGUUGUGGUGGUGGGGGUUUUGGGUUGUUAGUGGGAAGCUUUGGGGUCCAUGUAAGAAUUGCAUUGCAUGGUAGGGACUCUGGUUCUGUUGGUAUUGUUGGGGAGGGGGCCUAGCCCAGGUGGGGUGUUUAAUAAUGGAAAGGUAAUACUUAGGAACACAGGAUAAUGUUGUGAAUAAAGAUGAGUCCAGGCUUUGGUGGAUGCUAACUUUUUUUUUCAAUUCAAUUUCUUCAGCUCAGUUCAGAAUUCAGAACAA